GAUAUGUAGUCUUCUCUUGUUCUGCAAAACUGUCAUGGCGAUACCCGUGCGCCCACGACUUAUAUCAAGGUUAGCAGUGGUUACAGGAGGGGGCAGUGGCAUUGGCCGUGCGGUUUGUCAACGCCUCGCUGCAGAGGGGGCCUCGCUUGUGGUGGCCGACCAGGCCGUGGAGUCAGCCAAUCAGACCCUGGAGAGCCUGUCACAUGACCAUAGAGGACAGGAGCACAUGGUGGCAGAGGUGGACGUGUCCAACAGGAGCAGCGUAGAGAACCUGGUGCACAGUAUACAUCGUCGCUACUUCCAGCCCCCAUCGGUGUGUGUGAACGCGGCUGGCAUUACUCAGGAUGAGUUCCUGAUGAAGAUGGAGGAAGAGGACUUUGACAAGGUCAUCCGCGUCAACCUCAAGGGCACCUUCCUGGUCACUCAGGCCGUCUCCAAAGCGAUGGUUGCCGCAGGAGUUCCAAAGGGCUCCAUAGUCACCGUGGGCAGCAUCGUGGGCAAGGUGGGCAACAUUGGGCAGGUCAACUACGUGGCGUCCAAAGCUGGUGUGCAGGGAAUCACCAGGACAGCUGCCAAGGAGCUCAGCAGAUUUGGCAUCCGGUGUAACUGCGUGCUGCCAGGAUUCAUCACAACGCCCAUGACAGAGAAAGUGCCAGAAAAAGUCAUCAGCAAAAUGGUUGCUUUUGUACCUUUGGGACGGAUGGGUGAUCCCACAGAGGUAGCUGACGUGUGUGCCUUCCUGGCUUCGGACGAUAGCAGCUACGUCACUGGGAGCUGUAUAGAAGUCACAGGUGGUCUAUUCAUUGGUUGACACAGUGCACAUGUGAGGGAUGACUUUGCCACCACUGGCCUUAAUGCUUUAUGAUCUGUAUGUACAUAAUUGUAAUCAAAGAGAAGCGGGCACACCUUGCAUCAAACUGUUUUCUUUAUUUUGUGCAGACGCAUUUUGGAUUUUGGCGUGUGCCUCCUCAGUGUGCAACCAUGCGCAUCUUCUCUUUGAUUCUUGGUCUAUUUUAUUUGGGCCAGCACCCUCAAAAUGAAUCAAGAAACCUGGGUGAAGCAUUUUCCCUGCCAUACUUGUGUACAUAAUUGUUCAAUGAUUUGUACUAUAUAAAUGUAUAUAUGCUUGCCCAAUUAAAUCGAUUACAUUUUC